UCCCAGCAAUCUGACGGCUGGUGGGUCGGAACCAUGGGGGAGCCCUGGGUGGCUCGGGGCGCAGAAGGAGCGCCCACGCGACUGCCGCUGGUGCUCACCGCGCUGUGGGCCGUCGCCGUGGUCUUGGAGCUGGCCUAUGUGAUGGUGCUGGGGCCCGGGCCGCCUCCGCUGGGACCCCUGGCCCGGGCCUUGCAACUGGCGCUGGCUGCUUAUCAGCUUCUUAACCUGCUGGGCAACGUGGGACUCUUCCUGCGCUCCGAUCCUAGCAUUCGGGGCGUGAUGCUGGCUGGCCGCGGCCUGGGCCAGGGCUGGGCUUACUGUUACCAGUGUCAAAGUCAGGUGCCACCGCGUAGCGGGCACUGCUCUGCCUGUCGUGUGUGCAUCCUUCGUCGUGACCACCACUGCCGCCUACUGGGCCGCUGCGUGGGCUUCCAUAACUACCGGCCCUUCCUGUGCCUGCUGCUUCACGCUGCUGGUGUCCUGCUCCACGUGUCGGUGCUGCUAAGCCCUGCCCUGUCAGCCCUGCUGCGGGCCCACUCAGCUGUCUACACGGUGGCACUCCUGCUGUUGCCCUGGCUCAUGCUACUCACAGGCAAAGUGUCUCUGGCCCAGUUCGCCUUAGCUUUUGUGGUGGACACAUGUGUGGCGGGUGCACUGCUGUGUGGUGCUGGACUGCUUUUCCAUGGGAUGCUGCUGCUGCGGGGCCAGACCACAUGGGAGUGGGCUCGGGGUCAGCACUCCUAUGACCUGGGCACCAGCCACAACCUGCAGGCAGCCCUGGGUCCGCGCUGGGCCCUAGUCUGGUUCUGGCCUUUUCUGGCCUCCCCUUUGCCUGGAGAUGGGAUCACUUUCCAGACACCAGCUGAUGUGGGUCUUGUGGCUUCUUGAGUCCAGGUAGAGCUAGAACUGACUAGGGAGGAGGGGAGCAGAGGAGGGAGCCGAAGAACUUGCUUUCAGCUUCUUGCCAGCCGCAGGAAAGAGGCCAGGUCAGCCCUUCGUGCCUGUAGUGUGCAGCUCUAGCUCCCUCCUUGAUCCUGCCCAGUGUGGCCUCUUCCAUAUCUAGAGUUCAGACACUGCAACUUGGCCCCUUUUGACAGAGGAGGGUCUGGCAAGGGGUCUACUUGGCCUGCCUGUCUGCCCCUCUACCAGGCUGGUUCUUGGCCUCCCCAGUCUUUACUGGGUUCCUAUCCCUCACUUCAUCAUUUUGCUUGCUGUUUUCCAGUUCCCAUGCUUGUCAGGCCUGGAGACUACAGAAGACGUGAGACCCUAAUGGGCGGGACCCAGGCCAGGAGAAUUCAAAUGUGCUCUAGAGGAUAGCACUCCAAAGAAACGUCUCUGCAGCAGGGAUUUCCAGGGAGCUAUUGUAGCUCUCCUGUAUGUGGGUUCAGAGUUAGGAUCGUUGUUUUGUAAGAAACAUAAAGCUCUGCUAAGCCAUGUGACAAGACUGUGGGGAAGAAAUGUAGACUUUGCUGGUCUUAAACUCAAAGAAAUCCACCUGCUUAUGCUUUAUACU